GUUGUUUUCCCAUCAUCCCCCGCUGCUUUAGCCGCAGUUGGGAACACAGUCGACCGUAGACCCUGAUGUUUCGGUACCCAGCGGUCUCCAGGUUCUGAACGGUUCUGGAUAUCUGAGCUGGAGACAGCGGGACAUCCCUGCUGACGGUGGAUGCCGCUCCCGGUGCGGAGGUCGACCCGGAGAGGAAGGAGAAAAGGCCCCGAUGCGGAUUGUUUAGCAGAGGUGAUGGCGCCAACACGGAUGAAGCUUCGUGGGCGUCGGCGUGACGCCCCGGCUGCAGCUGCUCCAGCAGGGGGCGCUGCACUAGAGGAAGAUGAAGAGAGACCCAGACGGAGCAGCAGAAGAAAAACCCCUAACAAGGCCCCGCCGUCCGCCGACGCCGCCCCCUCCUCCUCCGCCUCUCCUCCUACCACCUCGUCCGGAACCGUGCGCCCGGCGGUGGCUGCUGAGGCGUCUCCGGAUUCAAAAUGUCCGAUCUGCCUGGACCGCUUCAACAACCUGGCGUACCUGGAUCACUGCCUGCACCGCUUCUGCUUCCCCUGCAUCCAGGAGUGGUCCCACAACAAGCCCGAGUGUCCGCUCUGCAAGCAGCCCUUCGCCUCCAUCCUGCACUCGGUCCGAGCCGAGGACGACUUCAAGGAGUACACGCUGCAGCCGCCGCGCGCCGCCAACCCACUCACCGCCUCCACCUUCCUCACCACGGUGGCGGCCAUGACGUCGGACGGCAGCACGCAGCACCACCUGAGGCUGAUGCUGAGGAGGCACCUGGUAGCCGCCGAUAGGGAGGCCCUUCGCAGGCGGCGCCGCAGGGAGCGGACCGCCGGCGGCAGGAGGUCCAGCGACAGAAUGGGGGACUGGGAGGUCUUCAUGCACUCCCCUCCCCUCCCUCUCUCGCCGUACCACAUGUCGGAGCUCAUCAUGGAGAACAUGGGGAUGGAGGAGGCGUUCCGACGAAGGGAUGAGGAGCAGCGGCUGGUCCUAAACGAGCUCACGGGGCUCCGAGGCGCGGCGGCCCCCAGCAGCCGGGUGUCCCGGCGGCUGAUGUGUCGCCUGGCGAGCCGACAGCGGCUGCAGAGGGAAGGGGGGCUCGCCCAGAUGAGCGAGGGGGAGGUGCUGGGCUUCCGGAAGGCGCUCUACCAGUGCGGCAUACGGGUUAGGAGCGGCAGCUGUAACCCUUGGCGACAGCGGUCCAUCAACGCCGAGUCUUUCCGCCGCAGCAGCAGCCAUUUGAACAGACUGCAGGCCUGGCUCCAGCGGGAGCUGGGGGUCCUGCUGGGCUCCCACGCCUCGCUCGCCGACGUGGUCCAGCGCACUGUGACACGCCGGGCCCUCCACAGCGGCCUGGAGGACACCGCCGCUAUAGAAGAAGACCUGCGGCCGUACCUGCUGACGCACACCGAGCACUUUGUGCACGAGCUGGUGAACUUCGCCCGCUCCCCGCUGGGGAUGGCGAGCUACGACCAGCAGGCAGUGUACGAGCCGCCGUCCAGUGCCAUGGAGCUGGACCAGAUCAGCACGUCUUCCGACGGCAGCUCCGUCAUCGCCAUCUCCGAAGGCGAGGAGGAGGGGGAGGACAGGGGAGGAGUGUCCGAGGGGGCGGCAGGGGGAGGUAACGACGAUGUCACCCGAACAGGAAGCAGCCUCAGCCUGUCCUGUUGGGACGACGAAACGCCGGGGCCCUCGUACACCUCAGCCGAACCAUCGCAUUCCUUCACAUCGCCGCCACCAAUCAGCCCCGCCCCUCAAGAGCCAGCCAAUCAGGAGGCAGGAGCGGGCCGCGCUGAAGAGGAGGAGUGUCUGAUUGUCGGCUACAAGAAGCCGAUCGCUGAACGGACUCCUGAGCUCGUGCACCUGUCCUCCGACAGCGAGGAGGAGGAAGCAGAGAAGAAGAAGAAGGAGGAGGAGGUGGAAGUAGAGGUGGCAUCAGCUGCUCCUGAAAAGGCUCCUCCCCCUCUCUCCCCCGCACCUCCCUCUUCCUGCAUUCCCGUCAUCCCUCCGUCCACCUCAGGCACCUUCAGGGCGGAGCAGGCGGCGGGUGCCAGGGAGGCGUGGAGGAGGCGCUCCCGCUCCUGGUCGGGAAGUUCGGACAGAAGCAGGAAGUCCGUCUGCUCGCUGAGCCCGGACACCCCUGAACGGAGGCGAGGGGGCCGGGAGCAGCGUGGGGAGAGGAGGAAGAAGAAGAAGAGGCGAGGGCGGGACCGUAGCAGAGAGACCUCCAGGCGGAGCGGCUCCUUCUGCAACCCAAACCGCUCCAUCUUCCCCCCCAUGAUGGCGCGCUGCGCCUUGUCGCCAUAUGACUCCAGUGGCGACUCCGCCAGCCCGCGGGACCCGGGCUGGGAGUUCCGCUUCACCCAGGUGUCCCCCCUCUCUUCCUCCGUCUCCUCCCGUUCCCUCUCCCCUCUCUGCACCUCCCCCCCCAGAACGCCGCCCACCCCCUCCUACUCCCCCAAGCGCCAUCACGUAGACAAACCCGGCGGCAAGAGGAAGUACAAGAGCCGCCAUCUGAACAGCAGCAGCAGGGACCCCUCCUGGAGGCCGCACAGCAACCGGAGACGGAAGAAGGAGAAAGGACGCAAGGAGGGCGGGAGGCGGGAAAAAACAGGAAACAGCAGGAGGUCCAGAGAAGACCGGAGCCCCAGCGUGGAGAUCAUCUACGAGGGAACCCUCACCGCCGGCACCGCGCAGCCCCCGGCACGCAAACGGCGGCGGAAACGCCACCGCAGGACGCAGCCCACCAGCUCCCCAGUCAUCAUCACCCUGGACAGCGACAGCAGCCAUGACGGCGCCAGCAGCAGCCCCCUCAGCAGCCAGCAGACCAUCGACUUCUCAGACAUCCCCCCCCUCCCCCCGCUGCCCACGGCCGGCGGAGGCGGAGCCACGGACCCGGACGUCGGGGAGCUUCCUGUCGACAUCCUGGAUCGAGGGUCUGACGGGUCGGAGUCUGAGGCGGUGGGCCGGUCCGGAGCGGCCCGUCCGGUCAGCCUGGAGAACAUGGAGGACAGCAUCUCGCUGCUGGAGACGUCUGAUGACCAAACAGCUGCUGAGCCAAUCAGAGCGCCCGGUGCUGAGGGAGCCAAUCAGGAUCAGAGGGAGCCUGCUGCUGCUGCUGCUGAGCGGAACGGGCCGAAACCUCUGAGCAGAACCGACCCAGAGGAGUCUCCGUCUGACAGGAACCUGCUGGAAGCCAUCCUCCACGACCUGAACCGGGUCACCUCACACACGGACCGGGACUCUGGUUCUGGCUGCCCUGCUGAGAAAAUGAAGCGGACCCAACAGGAGAACAUCCAGAACUCUGACUGCUGGCUGGAGGAAAGGACGGGUUCUGGUCCAACUCCAAACAUCAGCCGUCAGCAGAACCAGGAGUCCAGCUCCCCGAUCAGAACCUCCCCUACCAUCAGAACCUCCCCUACCAUCAGAACCUCCCCUACCAUCAGAACCUCCCCUACCAUCAGAACCUCCCCUACCAUCAGAACCUCCUCAGCCCUGAAGGACAGCAGGGAGGCCCCUCCCCUCCUCAGACGGGCCAGCCCGGUCCGAUCCAACCUCCGGAACACGCCUCCUCCUCUGAAGCACAAAGACGGUGGGAGUCCACAGCGCGGCGCCGCCUGUCCUCAGAACGCCGGGCCUCACUGUCCCUCUGGUUCUGACCCGACUAUCGGGGUGUCCCCGGUUCUGAUCCAGCACCCCAUCCCCCCCAUCACCACCCUGAGGAACCCCCUGACCAAGGCGAUGAACUCCUCCUCAGGUUCUAAUCCCUUCCCAGCUCCGGGUCUGGGUUCUGUGGCUCCAGCAGAACCAGGACCCAGCAGGGACCAUCUGAAGCUGACUCUACCGGCUGACCUCCGCUCCCGGUUAUCGGACCUCCACCCGCUCCACCGCAGCUCUACCUCUGGAGGCCCGGCGGGCCCGUUGGGUCUGGACGCUCCCGGCGCUGUCCAUCUGUCCAGCUGGGGGGUUUACUCAGGGAUGAACUCUAGUUAUGCGUUCCCGAGCCGGGGGGGGUCAGAACCACCAGCAGGCGGCGCCUUUUCUGAGAUGCAGAACUUUGGAGUGGACCUGCCGUCGCUCUCUGGCUCCGCCUCCAACCACAUGGCCUUAGCCCCGCCCCUUUCCCAUCACUCCUCUGGGUUCAUCUUACCAAACUCUAACUCCAGCGCUCAGUCUCAGGCCCGUUCUGACCGGUUCCAGCGCCCCGAGUCCAACCCAGCCCCUCAGAACCACUGCUCCUUCCCCCAGCCUGAGGUCCAUCCUCACUCUGACUCCUCCCACCUUAAAGCGGCAAACAGAACCUUUAACCAGACCGCAGACAAUCCGCUGUCUGACCCGCAGUCAUAACACCGCUCCUCACAGGUUCCCCCUCCCUAAAGGUUCCCCCUCCCUAAAGUUUCCCUUCCUUAAAGGUUCCC